AAGCAGCCUCCAGGCCCCUAGCUGUCAGCACAGAGUCCAAUGCAGGCUCAAACCCAUGAACCUUGAGAUCAUGACCUGAGCCGAAGUUGGGCGCUUAACGGAAUGAGCCACCCGGGCGCAUCAGAGAUGAAUAAAUUUUUGUUGACUUUCACUGAAUCCAGUUCUUUGUUCUACCCUGCAGUGCUUAAGACCCAAUUUGGAAUCUCCACCAACCUCACUCAGGCCAAAUAAUCCAACAUAAAGUUGCUGGUCUGCAAGGAACUCCCGUUACCCAGUUGAAAAGGUUUUAAGCUUUAUGCGCACAAAGACCUUGUCUGUCAUGUUCACUGCUCUAUCCCCAAAGCUUGAACAAUGUCUGAAACAUACAGGCUCUUUCAGCCCGCAGUUCUGCAAGCCCCUUGGGGCCGGCUACUGCCAUGCCGUUAGUUCGCUACAGGAAGGUGGUCAUUCUCGGGUACCGCUCUGUAGGGAAGACAUCUUUGGCACAUCAGUUUGUGGAAGGCGAGUUCCUGGAAGGCUACGAUCCUACAGUGGAGAAUACUUACAGCAAGAUAGUGACUCUUGGCAAAGAUGAGUUUCACCUACACCUGGUGGACACAGCAGGGCAGGAUGAGUACAGCAUUCUGCCCUAUUCAUUCAUCAUUGGGGUCCAUGGUUAUGUGCUUGUGUAUUCUGUCACCUCUCUGCAUAGCUUCCAAGUCAUUGAGAGUCUGUACCAAAAGCUACAUGAAGGUCACGGGAAAACUCGGCUGCCAGUGGUGCUAGUGGGGAACAAGGCAGAUCUCUCUCCAGACAGGGAAGUCCAGGCAGUUGAAGGGAAGAAGCUGGCAGAGUCCUGGGGUGCAACAUUUAUGGAGUCAUCUGCUCGAGAGAAUCAGCUGACUCGAGGCAUCUUCACCAAAGUCAUCCAGGAAAUUGCCCGGGUAGAGAAUUCCUAUGGGCAAGAGCGCCGCUGCUGUCUCAUGUGAGCCCUCAGGCAUUGGGUAGCUGCCUUGAUUCUGCCCCUGGCACUUGCCAGGCUCCAGCGGGUAUAGGCCCUUAGGACUUCACGGGUAUGGUUGCCAGCUGUGUUCCCAGUCCUCUGGUCACACAGUGUGGUACCCUCAUGUUUGCACACUUCUCCCAGGCUCCAGUGGCCUGGUUGUCAAUGUUUACAACGGGGCAAGGAUGUCUCAUGGGCACUGGCCUCUCGUCUUCUGUUUUUGCUAAAUGAGUUGUUACAACCUGCAGGGUUGGGAUAUGAGUCCUAAGCAUUCUUUAUUCAGGACCCAGUCUUCUGUGCAGGUUUUGGGUGUUGGCUGUGUGAAGGGAGCUGGGAACUCCUGAAGUGGAGCUGACUCCCUAGGGUAACAAUGUAUAUAUGCAAAUAAA